AUGAAAUAGGAAGAACUUUAUAUCAACAAUGAAAGAAAAUUAAUAAAUUAGCAAAUUAUUAACCCUGAUAUAACUAAAGACUAUAGAAUCUAAUUACUUGAUACCUCGUUGUAUUAAAAUAUUGUUUUUAUUGCAUUUAAACCCAAAACAAUAACUAUUGAUAAAAAUUCUCCGAAAAUUUCAAGCUAAAUUGCAUUAUUCAACCUGACUCUGAAUUCGCAAGAGUUUUCAUACAAAAUACAUGUAAAAGUUAUUAUACAGACUGGAAGCAAGCUGUAAAAUAUGAUUUAUGCUAAUAUCAAAACUUAAUAUGAAUCUGUAAUCACAGCAAAUAAUGUUAGCAUUUAUCCAGUAAUAUUUAGCAGAACAAAGAAAAUCCAAGAUAAUCUAAUUGAUAAGACAUCAAUAAACCAUCCACUUAGACAACUGAAUAAUAUAAAAAAAAAUGAUUCAUAUUACCUUGAUAUUUACUCAUUUUAAUCGUUUUAAGAAACUAGCUUGAUUUCAUAAAUUCUAGCUAAUUCAUAUCCUGUUCUGAGAGAAAAAAAUGAUAUUACACUAACUACAAGAAGUGUUAUUUGA